UGUCAUUGUGUGUCUGUUUCGCAGGAGGUGCUGAAGGUUAUGCGCAACAUAGAUGACCGUAUAGUCCAUGCCCUGAACACGACGGUCCCCACAGUCUCCUUCUCAGGCAAAGUGGAUGCCACACAAACAUGCAAACAGCUCUAUGAAUCUAUGAUGGCGGCCCAUCUAAGUAGAGAUAAGGCUAUCAAGAUCUGUAUAGCCGAGACAUCUGAGGUAGUCGGACAACUACGUGAAGAAAGAACAAAAGACAGCGAAAACCUGGCAAUUAUCAAACAGCUCAGAAAGGAGCAGACCAAA